UAAAUAGAUAGCCAACAAAAUUACAAAAACAUAUUUAAAUAGUAAAAAAUAUGUUAAUUUAACGUGUUAAAGUUUAAAAACAAAUUUUAAUUAUGACAUGUAUCUUAACAUUUAUAUAAAUAUAUAUCAUAACCUAAAUAUAAAUGAUUUAACAAUUUAAAUUAGAAAGAAAUAAAAAAUCCCGGGCGUAGCCCGGGCUAAUCCCUAGUCUAAUACUAUAAAGUAGAGCUACACUCUUUUUUGGUGUUGCCACGUCACUAAAUAGUUUCACCAGAGGCUGACAUCUGUCCUCCCUUUCAAAACUUCGCGUUUCAUUAAUAUGACUUAUUGUGGGCUUCUCUGUUUUUAUUUACCGUAGAGGCCCAUAUCUUCUUCUUGAACUGGACGCUGAUUCUAGGGUUUGGCAUCAUCGUCCGUCUCCGACACUGAACUCGUGUCUCUGCAAAAACACAGUCUCUUUCUCAACUCUUUACCUCCCAAAUCUGUUCAUAUCCAUCUAUUUGUUUGGCUUCAUCCAACGUAUUCUUCUUUAAGUUGACAAUAAAUUAUUUUUUUCAUUAAAACGAGUAACAAUAUCUGAGCUCUUCGUCUCCUUUCACAGACAAUCAAAACCGUAACAUCGCCUCAAAUUCUAUAAAUUGGAGAUUGUCGAGAGUAGGAUGAAUCUUCAUAGACCCUCUCAGUUAAUCUUUUAUCUUAAACAUAGAAACCUGCCUCGAAUUUGUCUUUGUCUGAUGCUGUUGUUGUUGUUGUCGAAGCACCCAUCUGCCACUCAAUAUUUGAGGUUCUCCUACUAGAUAGAUCUUCCCAAUUCAUUGUUUCUAGGCUAAGAAGCAUCAUAUAUUCAAUCUCUAUUUCAUUUUACUUCUCAUUGAUUAGAAGGUAUUAUCUGUCAUCUUACGCUAAGAAGCAUCAUAUAUUCAAUCUCUAUUUCAUUUUUUGGAAAGCCUAUUAUUUAACCCUUAUAACUUUUAUGUUGGAUUCGGUGGUAGGAUUCGGUGAUCAAAGGAAUCAGUAUCUUAACAUCUGCUUCAGCUUAGGAGGUGCAGUUGGAAAGUAUUUCCCCUGUAUCGAUUUCAAGUCAGGGAUCAAAAAGAAAGAACUUGUCUCGAAUUGGAGAUCUCAACAAAAUCAUCUUCAACUCUAACAAGCAGGUUACAUUUAGGCUUCCUACAUAGUUUAAAAUUUGUUUUUCUUCGAAAUAGAAUUAUUAAAUCUAUUGUCUCGGUGAAGACACAUGAAGCUGAUUUUAUUUGAAAGGCUCGGCUGAAACCGCAGCCGCUAUGGCUGCAGCUUCUAUGGUUUUCAGGGAAGUUGAUUCUGAGUACCCGCUUUUGCUGCUGGCAACAGCUAAGAGUGUGAUGCAGUUUACCAUUCAGUACAGAGGAAAUUGCAGUGAUUCUCCUUCUUCAUCUCUCUGUCCUUUAUACUGCUCCUACUCUGGUUACAAGGACGAGCUUAUGUGGGGUGCGGCAUGGCUGCUGAAAGCAACCAAUGAUCUGCAUUACAAAAACUUCAUAGAAUCUCUAGGAGAUGGAGAUCAGCCUGACAUCUUCAACUGGGACAACAAAUAUGCUGGCGCCUAUGUUCUUCUUUCACAGCGAGCAUUACUUAACAAAGACAUCAACUUUGAACUAUGCAAGAUCCUCCCAGACGCAAGAUCCUCCCAGUCGCUCCCUCUAGGUCUACCCAUUACACUCAAGGAGGCUUGAUGUACAAGUUACCUCAGAGCAACCCCCAAUAUAACCGCCAUAACAUUCUUGCUCACAACCUACGCCAAGUACAUGAAAGCCACACAACACAUAUUCGACUGCGGAAACUCCGCAACCAUCAUCCCCAACGCCUUGAUAAGCGUAUCGAAGAAACAAGUGGAUUACAUACUCGGCGCUAACUCAAUAAAUAUGUCGUAAAUGGUUGGGUUCAGACCGAGUUUCAACACCAGUGAAACUCCAUUAGUUGAAGGGAAAUUUGGCCAAGCAUCCGCUACCACUUCUUCCAGCAACACGUCUGCAGCUGGUGGUGGAAAAGAAGGUGAAAGCAACGCCCCUGUGAGUGAGGUUUUAAGCAGUGCAGCCGGUCAACCCAAUAUACUUUCAUCAUUUUACAGUUUUCUAAAUUGUUAUGCUUUACCUAUUUUGGACCUUGCAAUCUAUUUUCAUGUUUUGUUUUUUUUUCAACCAAUUACGGCAUUACCUCCCAUGACGAGAAUAGUUUCUAAGAUUUAAUAUAAAAUAGUCAGGGUUGACUUAAUCUUUCUA